AUGUACUUUCUCAAAUACGAUUUGUUUAGCUCUGAAUUUUUCUUUAACAUUGGAACUUAAUCAUCCAGAAGAGGUACUUAUUUGGGAUUAAUAUUAUCAGUAAUAGCUAGUUGUACUUUGCUUAUUUAUAUUGGAUACUUAAUGUUUAUGUAUGCAAAUAACCUUAUAAAUCCUAAGUUUAAAUCUCAAAGUUUCAUAACUAGUUAUAAGAAAGAAGCACUAUUAACUGAAGAUCUUGUAGGUUUUUAGUAUUAUUAUAAUUAAUCUAUGACAAUAGAUGAAUACUAAGAACACAUGAAUAAAACAUAUUUUGUUUAUCUUCCUCUUUUUACAUAUUCAGAUACUUAAAAUAAUAUUUUCAAAUCAAUACAACUUGAUGUUAUCAAAUGUACAGAUCCUUAAUUAUUAGGGUUUAAUUGCCUUGAUUUUUCUAAAGUAAGAAACUAUACUUUAAUACUUGAUAACAGCAAUAAUAACCGUAUUUAAACCAAGUUGUUAAUUCAUAUGUACAGCUGCUUAGAUUUAGAUAAAAGAAAAACAACUAUUCCUUAGAAUUGCGAAAAAAAUUAAACUAUAAUAGAUAAUGCAUUUAAUAAUGUGGGUGCGUAUUACUACUUAAAAAUGAAAACUUAGUAAUAUAAUACAAGUUCUCAAGAAAUUUAAACAAACUAUAGGAAUUUGUUUUCUAACUACUACUCUAAUUAAUUUGUAGUUUAAACCCUUAACACAUAAUUAUAAGAAACAACAGUGAACAAAGGGUUAUUUAUAUAGAGCUAAGAAAAAUAUAGUUCUCCUAUUUAAUAUAAUCAGAACUUUUAAAGCUAUGAUCGAUAAUUUUCUUUAAAAUAAGGUCUAGGUCCUUAUAGCUAACAGUUAAUAAAAAUAGAUGAAGUUGUGCAAUAAAUCUAAAUUGAUUAUCCUACAAUUACUGAAAUUUUGGCACUUGUAAACGGAGCAGCUGUUAUAGUAGUUGCUUCAAGGAUUAUAGGUAGACUUUACUCUUAAAAAAUCAUUAAGUAAGACUUCUUCAUGCUGUUGCUUUAAAACAUGUAUUAAAAAUAAUAUGAAAAAAUACUUCUAAAAAACAAAUUAAUAAAAUAAAAUGUAAACAUUCUAAACUAAAUUUAGAAAACAGAUAAUAAUUUUGAAGAGUAAAUUUUAGAAAAAUCACCUCAAUGUUCAGUUUUAGUACCUAGUUUUGAAAUCAAAUCAAAGAGUUAGAUCGAAAAUAGUUAAUAUACUAACUCAAAUAGUAGUGAUUAGGUUGAAAAAUAAUUAUAAUUAAUAACUAAAUUUAAUAAUGAGAACUUUAAUUCAUCCAAAAAGCAUUAAUAAUUGCAAUUAUAAUAAAAUGAAUUAUUUACUGAGAGAGAUUACAUAAUUGAAGAAAAUUAAUUGAUUGAUUAAUAAUUUAAUUUAGAUAAAUUAGCUACUCAAAGAUGUUAAACUGAAUGUAAUAUCCUGAACAAAACUUUAAUUAAUGAUACUAAUUAUCAAGGCAUUUCAAGCAAUAUAACUUAGUUAGCUAAAAAUUAAAUUAUAAAUGCUAAAUAAGAUGAGAUAACAUAAAAAAAUGGUUAAAUAUUUGUGAUAAAUAGAUUGGCCGAAACAAGUUUUAAUUGCGAAAAUAAUAAUCUAAAAUAGUAAAAUGAUAUUUCCUUUAGUGAAAAUAAAUCUGAAAAAAUUGAAAAUACUUUAAAAAAUUAACUUAAAAAUUAAUAAGAAGAUUAAAUAUAAAGCAAUUAGGAAAAAAAUUGUGAAAAAUAAGUAAAAUAUUUGGUCAAAAAUGAAAUAGAAAUUAAUAAUGAUUUAAAAAAUUAAACAAUUUCCAUAGAAAAUUAAAAUAAAAAAAUUUUGAAAACAACUAAUUCUAAGAGGUCCAAUUUAAUUUUCUAUAAUUAUAUUAAAGAAAAAAUUAAGAAUCAUUUAUCUAAAUUUAGUAAAAUUUGGGGUUCAAAAAACUUUUUCAAAUCUUAAGGAAUGGAUUUAAAACUGAAAAACACUAUUUGCUAAGAUGUUAACAAAACUCUCAAUAUCUAUGAUAUUUAUAAAGAUAUUAUUUUUUUGAAAAAAGCAGUUAUGAUUCUGCUAAGCUCAUAAAUAGAAAUCACAGCUGAGCUACUUUGA